AUGCCCGCGGUUUUGACUGCCGCUGAUCCGGCGGCAAGUCUCCGUCCUUCGGUGGCGCCUGCAAACCUUCCUCUCGUCUCUGCAUUGCUUGCCUGUGCUAUCGCUCAGUUUCUCAAACCUUUCACUACCUGGUUGAAGGAUAAAAAAUGGGAUUCUACAAGGAUGCUUGGUUCAGGCGGAAUGCCGUCAUCACAUUCUGCAACUGUUAUAGCCCUUGCCACAGCUAUUGGAUUGGAAGAGGGGGGAGGAGCCUCGUCAUUCGCUAUUGCAGUGGUCUUGGCAUGUGUUGUAAUGUAUGACGCGACUGGUAUCAGGCUUCACGCAGGUCGACAAGCUGAGUUAUUAAAUCAAAUUGUGUGUGGACUGCCUCCUGAGCAUCCUGUUGCUAAUGUUAGACCACUUCGAGAUUCACUCGGUCACACUCCGCUUCAGGUUGCUGCUGGUGCUCUACUCGGAUGUUUGGUAGCGUUUCUCUUGAGAAGCACCACGUGA